CACCAUGCAGCCCCCAAGGUAGAGCCUGGACGGCGUCGAGGAGCGCGGAGUGGCGUGCAGCCCGCCCGACUGGGACGGCCGUCCGGCCUCGCGCCUGCCUACUCCCUUCAUCCCGGACCACCCCUGAAAUAUGUUCAGGGGCGCUUGGAUGUGGCCCGGAAAAGAUGCCGCCGCGCUGACUAUCUGCUGCUGCUGCUGCUGUUGGGCUCCCAGGCCAAGCGACAAACCUUGCGCCGACUCCGAGCGGGCGCAGCGAUGGCGACUGUCCCUAGCAUCCCUGCUCUUCUUCACCGUGCUGCUCGCUGACCAUCUGUGGCUGUGCGCGGGGGCCCGACCCCGGGCCAGGGAGCUGAGCAGCGCCAUGAGGCUGCCCUGGGGAGCCGGCCGUGAGAGGCAGCCAGUGCCUCCUCGCGCGGUAUUGCCGCUGCCACCGCCGUCGCCCGGCAAGUCCAGCGCGCCCCCGGGCACCUGCGGCCCGCGAUACAGCAACCUGACCAAAGCCGCCCCCGCCACCGGCUCUGGGCCGGUCUGCGGCAGCGUCCCAGAGCCCACGGGGCUGGACGCUGCUUGCACUAAAUUGCAAUCUUUGCAAAGACUUUUCGAACCGACUACCCCAGUCCCUCCUCUGCGGCCCCCUGAUUUCCUUUCCCGUGCCCCAGCUGAGUUCCCCUCUGCCAAAAAAAACUUGCUCAAAGGCCACUUUCGGAACUUCACUCUCUCCUUUUGCGACACCUACACGGUCUGGGAUUUGCUGCUGGGCAUGGACCGCCCGGACAGCCUGGACUGCAGCCUGGACACCCUGCUGGGGGACCUGCUGGCCGUGGUGGCCAGUCCGGGCUCUGGGGCCUGGGAGGCGUGUAGCAACUGUAUCGAGGCGUACCAGCGGUUGGACCGACAUGCUCAGGAAAAAUAUGACGAGUUCGACCUCGUGCUGCAUAAAUACUUACAGGCGGAAGAGUACUCAAUCCGGUCCUGCACGAAAGGCUGUAAGGCUGUCUACAAGGCCUGGCUGUGCUCAGAAUACUUCAGCGUGACCCAGCAGGAAUGCCAGCGCUGGGUGCCCUGCAAGCAAUACUGCCUGGAGGUGCAGACCCGGUGCCCUUUUAUACUCCCUGACAAUGAGGAAAUGGUGUACGGAGGGCUCCCUGGCUUUAUAUGUACAGGGUUACUGGAUACUUCACCAAAGCGGCCGGAAACCAAGUGCUGUGACGUGCAGUGGGUCUCCUGUGAGUCGGAGAAGAAGAAGUUCAAGGAAUCUGAGGCCCCAAAAACCCAUCACCAGCAAUUUCACCACUCCUAUUUCCACCACUACCACCAACAGUACCACCACUACCACCCCCGCCAUGACCCCCCAGGCCGUGUCAGUCAUAAGCCUUCCCUGCUGCCGGUCUCUGGGGGUUCUCGUCUCAGCCCCAGCAGGAUCCGGCUCUGUGUUUUUGUUCUCAUGCUCCUCCAUACCAUGGUGUCCUUCUCCAGCAACCAGGGUGGUGGGGGACUAGGGCUGGAGACACUGCCUUCCCUAGAGGAGGGCCUGACACGGGAAGAGUGACAGUAGGGAGGGAGGACAGACCUCCACCACAUACUGACAUCAGCCCCUCCAGGUGGGGGGAGAGGGCUCCUCCCAUGGGGGGGUAUAGGACAAGGGGGGGCGGGGAAAAAUGGGGGACCACACUUUCCCCCAACCUACCCCACCCCCAAAAUAGCUCCAACAGAAUGCCCAGAGGGCCUCAGGGAGCUAUAAAACUCAUCACAGAGAUAAAGGCAAGAGCAACAGGUGCCCCCUCCCAAGACCCCAUCUAUGGGGCUUAGCAAACAAAGGGGGGGAGUAGGGGCUGGAAAUGUCCACCCCUGCCAGGAGCCCUGACCCCAGGGAAAGAGGCUGCUCACACAGCCUUGGACCUGCAGGGAAUGUUGGGGGGCACAAAGGGGAGAAGCUCUUUUCCCCCAUCUGCAUUCCUUUUGUUGCCAGGAUCCUUAAUUCCCCCCUUCCCAUAUCCCUACAGGCGACGGCAGACACUGCAAUGGCCCUCCUGCCACUUCAGUGCACCUUGCUCCACUUGGGCCCAUCACAGUGAAGCACCAUGCUAGAAGAUGAGCUGCACACAGUUGUGGCUAGUUUGGGGUCCCAGUUAGCUAUGCCCCACCACCCUAAGCAAUGAGGGGUAGGAAUGGGGUACAGAAUGAGUGCUGAGAGAGUGAAGACAGGGAAGGGGAAGAGAAGAGGAGAGAUCAGGACAGAGCUUGGAGAGAUGGCCUGAUGGGCUACUGCCACCUGGCUUUGGAGAGAUGGGCAGUUAGUGUUGAGGCAGGCUCCAGAUCUGCUCCCCAAAUCAAAGAGAUUUCUCUUUCAAAAAGAGAGUUACAUAAGGAAUCCUCUGGGAAAGAGCAUAGGAACUGAGUUUUGGGGCCAUGAAAUAGAAGGCUGAGAGCAUGUGGUUCAACUGCCACUGUCUGAAGGGCCAUAUCUUACAGAAGGUGCACAUACUCCCAAGGGCCACUCUUGCCCUGGAGAUCUUGGCCUUGGGGCCAAAGACAUUUCCAUUUCUGAUCUCUAUGGGGAGAUGGGACUUAAGCCCAAGUGGUCGCCUGGCCUGGGUCCUCAUACUCUCCCAUCUUGUCCUAGCCCAGGCCUCCAUGAAGGAGAACCUGGUGGGAUUCCUCCAGAGCUCUCCAGAGAUAAGCCCCCUCAUCCCUACCCUGUCCCUGUCCCUGUCCCUAUCCCCAGCCUACCAAAGAGUAUUCAUCCUUUUCCAUCUCUGACCCCAUGGGUUACUGUCUCAGCUGUGGAACAACCAGACUCCUUUUCACCCUGUAAUGGAGUCCCCUGCUUCAGUCACCCCAUCCCUUGCUAGAGAAAGUCCAGAGACUAGCAAGAGAACCAUUUGACUAAAGAUAAUGGGCUUUCAUCUCUUGGCUGAUAGAUUUCGACUAUCUAGUCAGACUAGAAAGCAGGACAAGAGCCAUUGAGUGCCCCUUGCUGGUCAUUAGACUUGUUUUGAUCUGCUGGAGGGGCACAUUUCCUAGGAUAUGUAAAAGUCAAUAAAAGCCAACAAGAAAAGGGAGAAAGAACUGUAUUUCUGUGAGAGGCCAGGAGGCUUUCCGUGCCAGAAAGGCCUGUGUCAUCCUAGGACAUGAUGCUAGUGAGUAAAGUGGAGGAGCAGGCGUGGAGCUGCAUUAGAGUGAAACCAAGAAGGAGAUAGGAAGGAGAGAGCUGCAUUUGGUCAGCUUAGGGAUAAAUGAGAGGCCUGCCUCGUAGAGAGAGAAUCAUUAAUGCCUGGGCCUCAGCUGGGUCCCAAAUUGGUUUCAUGAGACUAGGGAAUCCUUCCUUGCUAGUUUUCUCAUUUCUCAUAGGCUUUUUCCUUCCAAACACCCCAUGCCCUACCCACACACUCCCCUGUUUGGCCCUCAGCACUUUGGGCCUGGCCACAUAGCCCAUCCCUAGAGUGCUCUUUUCAACUGGGAAGGGAAAGAGGUGCUGGCUCCUUUCCAGACAUGCUUAUAUGUAAGUGGAGGGGCAGGUGCUUGGGCUCCAGAGAGACCCUAGGUACUGCCUUCUGAUUCCCACAUCCUUACGAGGGGAAAAGGGACUGGGAAGUAAACGGGGACCAUAUGGCUCCCGGGAAUGGACCCUUGGAGACUCCCAUCUUUCCUUCCCUCUCACCAAGUGCCCAGGAGACCCCUGGCUCAGACCAGCCCAAGGCCUUUCCCAGUGGCAGGGGAAAGGGGCACCACAUGCCACCUCAAAGUCAUUUGACUGCUCCCAUCUGCCCCCUAACCUCAACCUUCUACCACCUCUCCAGCUGACCCUGCCCUCCAUCACAGGCAGCAGAGCCGGGCAGCUUUCUUCUGCCAUUUUCUACACUGUGCUUCAAGAGUAGGACUUUCUUGCACUAGUCCCUAUGACUGAGUCUCCAAGCUGGUUUCCUAGUAAUCCCCAUCCCUUCCUACCUUACCUGGCUAUGAUUCAGUUGUCUCUGCCUGCCCCCUUACCUGUGCCUCUGUGUUUCGGUGAGAGUCUGUAUGUGUACUGCUUUCUGUUUUGUUGCAUUGUGGGGCAGAAGCCUCUCUGCUCUUGUUUAACCCCAUAAAGAAAUAAAUGGUAAGACUUGAUGAUAA